CUUCUCUGUUUUCUAGGUCCUCGCUCUGCCUCCUCUGCCGUGUCACCGGAGAGAAAAAGGGGAAGGAAUAUGGUUUCAUCACACGCUCCUCCCGUUUCAGCGCUGCUGUAGCGGAUCUAUAGCACGAGCAGGAGGCUGGGGCUCGGUCCGGCUCAAACCUCACACAACCACCCUCCCCGUUACCAACUAGCCUGCAGGAGCACUACCAGCACACCGGACACAUAAAUGGUGGAUGCCGUGGUGGAAUUCGACUAUGAGGCUCAGCAGGACGAUGAGUUGAGCCUGACGGUGGGCGAUAUCAUCGCAAACAUACGGCGGGACGAUGGAGGCUGGUGGGAGGGGGAGCUGGGCGGACGCAGGGGCCUAUUCCCGGAUAACUUUGUCAGGGAGAUCAAGAAAGAUGGGAAGAGGGACGGAGGACAGGCAAGCAUGAUCAGAUCAGAACUCUCCAAUGGAAGGACCAGCCCUGUGUCGGACCCCAGCGUACGACCGGGCAGGAGAGUAGAGCAAAUCCGUAAGCGGAGGUGUAAAGCAUCGUUCAGCUACGUGCCUCAGCAUGAAGACGAGCUAGAGUUGAAAAUAGGAGACAUCAUUGAGAUCAUAGCAGAGGUAGAGGAAGGUUGGUGGGAGGGAUUUCUAAAUGGUAAAACUGGAAUGUUUCCCUCAAAUUUCACCAAAGUGGUCCAGACGGAUUCGGAAACUCAUUCUGUAGACACUUCGCAAGAGGAGCUGCGCAGUUCCCGCACCAGUAAGGACAGCCCAGGCAGUGAAAGUGAUGGAGGUGACAGUCGGUCGGAAACAGGGUCAGGAGAAAUCCAGCCUAAGAAGGUCCGUGGGUUUGGCUUUGGUGACAUCUUCAAAGACCAACCAAUCAGGCUCAGGCCACGCUCUAUGGAAGUGGACUCAGAGGUGGACAAGGCCAACGACGACAAAGCAGCAAGUGUUGCCUCGGAAACCAUGAAGACUGAACCUGAUGGCAAAGCCAAAGGGCUGGAGCUAUGUAAGGUGCUGUUUCCAUAUGAAGCACAAAAUGAAGAUGAGUUGUCACUCAAAGAGGGGGAAAUCAUCAACAUUAUCACCAAGGAGUGUGCUGAUGCAGGCUGGUGGAAGGGGGAGAUCGGAGGAAGGCAAGGUGUUUUCCCAGACAACUUUGUCAAGCUGCUAGAAGUGGAGAAAGGGAGACCAAAGAAACCACCUCCUCCAAGUGCACCAUCAGCUAAACAAACCACAGAUAGAAAGACAGAGGUCAGGAAGGUUCCUCCUGAGCGACCUGAACAUCUGCCACAGAGGGACCAGGAUCGAGGUGAAGAGGUGAAGCUUGGAGACAUCCCCAAACCCGCCCUCCCAUCUCUUCUUCCCAAGAAACCCCUCCCCCCAAAGACAAGCACCUCCUCUUCCUCCCAAGCCCCGCGGCGUCCAGAGAGACCGCCCAAUCUGGCGUAUGAAAGCCCUAAAUCUGAGGGCGGGGCUUCGACACCAGACUCUGCCACUGACAGGUCACAUGAAGCUGUUUGUCCAGAUGUGGACCUGGAUGUAGUGGUGGCUUCAACAGAGAAGCUGAGUCAUCCGACAGCAUCGCGGCCCAGAGUCACAGACCGCCGGCCUCGCUCACAGAUCCUCUCAGCUUCUUCCAUGUCGAUUAUGGAUCUUGAACCCCCUGCAGUGGAGGAGAGGAAGGAAAGAAUGAAGGAGGAGCUGGAUUCCGUCCCCUCUAGACCUGUAGAGGUUACCCUGAGAAAAGGAGUCCCUGCUGUCCCUGGAUCUGACAGUAAAGCACCACAGCCCACGAGGCCCUCUGUCCUGACCCCACCAAGCGCCAGCCAUCGCCCCACAUCCCCGUCUUCCUCUUUGGGUCUCAGCCCCUCGCCCGAGCUUCGGCAUUCACCUCUAUCCCCCCCAACACUGGAGGAACUCAGGAACCAGCUGAGAGACCUGAGGGCGUCCGUAGAACUGCUGAAGAGCCAGCACAGGCAAGAAAUGAAGCAAUUGACCAACGCGCUAGAUGAGGAGAAGAAGAUUCGUGUUAGUUUACAGAUGGAAGUAGAUCACAUAAAGAAGAGCCUGUCGAAAUGAAGAUUAAAGCAUCACCUUAUCACCACAUUGGAGGCCAACAUUUUUUAAACAUUCUCACUGUUGGCCCGAGACACUUCGGUAAAACAAAGUUUGUGCCAAAUGGUCAUCACGAUCAACAUCAGCAACUAUACAAUACCAUGGAAUCAGCCACCUAGCCCCUCUGACACCGCCUUAUCCUGUGUUUACUUCUUAAUUCUUCUUUUAAAGAGGCUUCUCUUGUUAAGUUUACUGCUAUCAUGUUAAAGCUUGCUGUGCCACAGGUACUGAAUGACUGUAUGUUGUCACAGGUUACGGAAUGAUGACAAAGGGGCCCUGUCAGCCGCGCUGAUGCUUUUUGUUUCGUAUUGUGAAGGAAAUUUGGAACUUGACCUUCGUAGCCAGGUUGGUUCACACAACCUCUGUGCUCUGUGUCUACUCUGCGGCCUUCACUCCUAUAUGUGUGCGUGUGUGUGUGUGUGUGUGUGUGUGUGUGUGUGUGUGUGUGUGUGUGUGUGUGUGUGUGUGCGUGCGUGCGUGCGUGCAUUGUUACCAUCCAUGUAAGGACUGCAGUUGUAGACCUUAAGAUUAUAAACUUUUUUGUAAUCUGAGGUUGUUUCGGCCGGAUCAUGAUUUCUUUAAUGGUAUAAAUUAACGUUAAGAUUUGUGUUGAUCACAUAAAAUACUCGUUAUCCUUAGAGAUGCAUUAUUUGACACACUGAGCUUGAUGUUUGUAUGGUACACUGCAGGCGGGGGAUUGUUGAAACAUCAGCCAUAAACAGCACUGGCAUUUGGAUAUAUUUCCCUGACCCUUCUCUUCUUACUGUGAUCAUUUUUCAGAUUCUAGUGUAAUACUCCACCUGCUGGAAAGCUAAAAUUAUAAGCACAUCCUGAUUCCUACCCACAAUCAAUCUAAUUAAGUAUAAUCAACUUGACGAGUACUGAUAUUAUAGGUGCUAUAUAAAGGAAUAACUUCCAGGAAUAACUUCCCACUUUGGGAAAUGCUUAAUUGCUUUAAUGCUGGGAGAAGAAAAGCACAUCUCACUGCAUGAACACACCUAUGAUAUAAUAAAUAUCAUGUCAAGAAUGCCUUCUGGACCAAAACAUAUUAUUACCCCACCUUAUUUUGCUUUUGCAUUUUUGCACCACAACUCCAGAAACCUCAACCCCCACUCCCCUUCCCUCCCCACAACUCAGCAGAAAAAAAAGAGAUCAAUGUGUAUCUGAUGUUUUUGGUGCUCUUUUGUCAGCCAAUGAAGGGUAAAACACAGGGUUUGAGGAAUGUAGUGAAAGGUCACAGGUCAGAGAUACAGAUGUGAGUGUGCAUGUACAGUAUGUGUGGUAGCAUGUACGGCUGUUUGCCUCCCUUCCUUAUACGUGCACAGAAUCUAUGGCAACCCGUCACUGUGGCCUUCCUGUUUUUGACUCCAAAUAUGUCUCUUUCUGUCUUUCUUUUCUUUCUUCCUGUCUUUCUUUCUUAUGACAAUGAGCAAAACUGCUACAACUGAGUCUUCAAAUUGUUUUUCUUGACUUGGUCCUUUCUCUCCAGGAUAGUGAUAAAUAUAUAUACUUUUAUAUUUCAGUGGAAUAAAGAUGCUAUUAUGUAAUGUA